AUGGCGACGGGCUUGUCUGCAGUGAAACUGGAGAAGGCCAUCAUGAACCUCGAGGCGCGAUUGCGUGAGGAGUUCCGAAAGGACCUCGCGCGCCAGGUGGCCAAGCAGAUGCAGCCCUAUGCCCAGCAGAUGAAAGCCCUGCGGUCCCAAGUCACAGGGCUUUCCAGCAGUGUGGAGUCCAAGUCGAUUCCUUGUCACAGUGUGGAACCGAAUGCAGGCAAUGAGGCCGAUGCGGCCGACUUUGUUCAAGUCGACCUCGAUCGAAUGCUGGAGGGGGAGGCCCAUGACCAGAAGCCCCAGGCCCAGCCAUUUGUUUCCAUCGAACUUGAUGACUCCUUCGAAGAGAAAGGUUCUGCCUCCCUGUCCGUCGGAACGGGGGCCGGUGGGGCCGCUCGGGCCGGCGCAGUGCAGGAGGUUGUGCGCGAGGUGGCACAGGCUGCCAUGGAGCAUCAUCAAGCGACGAUAGAGUCGCUCGACGACGAGCUCGGCAAGCCGGGCGAAGAGAAGUAUCUCAAAGAGAGAUCUCUGGGCUCCUUGCCGGGCGAUGUCGUGGAGGAGCCUGUGGCUUUCCUCGAGACGGCGUGGAACUUGGUCCUUGUCUUGGGCCACACCGACUCUGGCCAAUUAGACCUUGCGAUCGCCUGCUUUCUCUGGCUCGCCAGCGGUUUGAUGCAAAUCUCCUUCUUCCUCAUCCUUCUGUCGGAAGAUUUUCUUGGAGAGCCCUUUGGGAAGCAGGUGGAGGUUGCGAAAGCCUGGCGCGAGUCUAUCGCGCACGACUUCAAGCACAUGGACUUGGGGGACGAGAGCCUCGUGUCCCGAGUCUGCAGAGGUGAUGGCACGCUGAUUUUGUCUACUCCACAGAUGCAGAUGCUGGACCAGAUCAACGCCUUCAUCGGCCUGGGCAAAGCAGAUUUCGAAGCCCCCUACUUCCAACCCGGCGUUCUACUCUGCAUGAUGUGCAUCCUGCUUUGGUGUUUGUACCUCCUCAAUGAGUUCCGACAAGUGGUCUUCUCCUUGGAGGCGGUGUCCCAACUGCCCCGCGGGCCCCGAACGCAGUGGAGACGGCGCGGAAGCUUCCAAACGAUCUCUUACGGCCGCUUUGCCAUCUACUGCUUCAUGCGCCUGUCGCGCUUCAUGAUCGCCGUGGGCCUCCUCUACGCAGGCGUGCAGUGGCUGGCCGGCACGAUCUCCAUCACCGAGCUCAUCCUGAACGCCGUGGCCUUAUCCGCCGUUCUGCAGAUCGACGAGAUGGUCUUCGCAGCGCUGAUGCCGAAGAAGAUCCAGAUCUGCAUCCAGGAUCUCGAGGCCAUCAAGGUGCCCUACAGCAAAGGGCGAAGUCAGGCGGAGUCCAUCAUGCUGCUCGUGGGGAUCACAUGUCUCAUGCUGUGGCCCUGGAUGUACAACGUAGGGCCGCUGAGCUGGGACAUGAUUGAAGUCAAGCGCCAGUACUGUGGGGGCACUCAGAAUUUCGUGGUGGCGGACAAUCAGUUGCAGGGGAUCACGGCGGGACUGGUGACCUCGGAGUAUGCCGACCAAAGCGACCACCUCAACCAGACGUCGCUCAUCCGCUUCGCUGUGAGACGGCACAUUUGGCAAGAGCCUCUGGGAACCUCGAACUACAUCCGUUUCGGCAAGGAUCGAGCCGACUUCGUGUUGGCCAAAGAGAUAUCGAUGUACCACCGCAACGUACAUGACAGUCUCUGCAUUGACUUUGACGAGAUCUUCCUGGGCAAUGCUACCCAUGAGCUUCAGGAGUUCUACCGCCCGUACUUCUACUCGGCCAGCUUCGAAGCAGGAUUUCCAGAUGGAGCCAGCUGCGCAGAGAUGGCGCACCUCUGCAGUUCGCUGGAGCCCAGUGCACGCCUCGUGCGGCACGUGUGUCCGCGCACGUGCGGAUGCCACCUGCAGCACGCGAAUCCGAUGCUGAAGCUUGUGGGAGAGGGUUGCUCGAGCGCCUGUUUCACUGAGCGUGACACCGCCAUGCGCUUCACAGCCUGCGAGGACGUGGACUUUGAGGAGAGCCCUCACCUUCGAGAGGAAUGGGAGGUGUUCUGGGACAGCUACCGGCCCUUGGUGGAGCAGAGGGUGGGAGUCAACCUCAGCAGUCCCAGCCUCAGCUUCCUGCCGGACUUUUUGGCUCACGUCAAGAAAGUCGGGUGUCCUGGCCUCGACAUUGUGACCAUGGACCCUGUCACACGCAGCCCGUGGUGUUCAGGCAGCUCGCUGUUUUACGCUCCCCUUGCGGCCUGGUGCCCGCAGACCUGCGGCUGCCACACCUCCGCCGCGCUGACGGAAUGGUGCCCCCGCAGCUGCGAGGGCUGCAAGGAUACAGCGAUCUUCCCGACCAACCUGCCCGUCAGUGACUGUGCGCAAGCUCACCAACUGGGGCUAUGUGAAGCCCUUCCAGUGCAAGCUGCUGUGCUUUGUGCCGCCACCUGCGACGCAUGCUCAGCCCUUUACAACAACGGCACGAUUGUGUGA